CAAGUUGGGGGGUUUUUUUUUUUUUGUUGAAUUCAUUUUCUUUCCGAUUUUCUCUCUCAUUUUCUCGGGAAAAUGUUCAUCGAAAACUUUAAGGUUGAGAGCCCAAACGUAACGUACAGAGAGGGUGAGAUUCACUCCGUGUACAACUAUGAAACCACAGAGCUUGUCCAUGAGAAUAGGAAAGGAACCUACCAGUGGAUUGUCAAGCCCAAAACUGUCAAAUACGAGUUCAAAACUGAUACUCGUGUCCCUAAAUUAGGGGUCAUGCUGGUGGGAUGGGGAGGAAACAAUGGCGCAACUCUCACUGGUGGGGUCAUAGCGAACCGAGAAGGUAUCUCUUGGGCAACCAAAGAUAAGGUGCAGCAAGCCAAUUACUUCGGCUCACUGACCCAAGCAUCCUCCAUUCGUGUUGGGUCUUUCAAUGGCGAGGAGAUUUAUGCCCCAUUCAAGAACCUUCUUCCCAUGGUAAACCCAGAUGACGUUGUGUUUGGAGGUUGGGACAUAAGCGACAUGAACCUAGCUGAUGCCAUGGCAAGAGCAAAAGUGUUUGACAUUGACCUCCAAAAGCAGCUGAGGCCCUACAUGGAGUCCAUGGUCCCACUUCCUGGAAUCUACGACCCUGAUUUCAUUGCUGCCAAUCAAGGCCCACGUGCUAACAGCGUGAUCAAGGGGACCAAGUUUAUUAUAAUAUUUUUUUAA